AAUUAAUUAUCAUAACUUUCUUUAUGUAUUAAUUUAAAACAUAACCUCUCUUAUCUACAUGUGCACAUGAAGCAGCUAGCUCUAAAGCUCACGAUUUAACAUCAGAAAAAGAAAAGAAAAACACAAGUUCUGGCAAUUCACUGUUUCCCUUUGUCGCUCGUCUUUGUGCUAAGCUAAGCUAACUGACGGCUGCCUGUGGUUCCCCGCCAGGUUAAUUGCAGCAAAAUACUUUGCCAAAGUUUUUUUUUUAAAUUAAUACAAUAUACACAGAAUGUACUUUUAUAUUUGAGGGUUAUACUUGCCUUCAUGGUGACUUUCCAGAUUGUUUGUGCCGUAUUUUCUUAUUUCUUAUUAUUUUAUAUUAGGUUUUCUUUGGCUUUUGUUAGAUGUCUGGAAUUUCCUGUGUAUUUUUGUACUUGAGAACUACAACUGUGAACUGCAUUUCCCAUGAGCACCUGUACGGCCAUGCACAGGUGUGGUCUAUUUGAUGUAAUUAAAUGCUCUGGGAAUCCCAUUUGUCAAAUGUUUGCUGAUGAAGGUCCAGCGGAGCAUGCAGAGUUUUAUGCCCUCUGCAUUUCACCGCGUUGACCUUCUCGCGCCGCUGCUUUACAUUCAGCUCCUAGACACUGAAGAGAGAGAGAGAGCCUUAAAGACGUAAAGAAGAAGGAAGAGAGGCCGACACGGAUAAAGAAGAGAGGAUAACUCGACGCAGGAGAAGGAGACUGAAAGGGAGACUGUAGUGAUGGCUGAGGCACCUCAUCAGCAGCAGCAGCCGCCGCCGCAGGAAGAGGAGCAACAGAGUGCUGAUGAAGGCUCUGAGAAACCGAAGCAGAGUGUCCACAAAAAACUGACCCGACCUCUACUGUCCAUGAGGUCCAUGAGCAUCGUGGACCCAGACGACAACUCCCCCAACAUGAUCGUCUACAGAAAGAUUGAAGACAUUGUCACUCUAAUCCAGGAUGAGACGGAGGGUGUGCCCAUCAGGACGGUGAAAAGCUUCAUGACCAAAAUCCCCAGUGUUGUGACAGGCACAGAUAUUGUACAGUGGCUGAUGAAGAACCUGUCCAUGGAAGAUCCAGCUGAGGCCAUCCACAUCGGGAGUCUCAUUGCAGCUCAGGGGUACUUCUUCCCAAUCUCAGACCACGUCCUCUCCCUCAAAGAUGACGGCACUUUCUUCCGCUUUCAGGCACCGUAUUUUUGGCCGUCCAAUUGUUGGGAGCCCGAGAACACAGAUUAUGCCAUUUACCUGUGCAAGCGGACCAUGCAGAACAAGACCAGAUUGGAGCUGGCAGAUUAUGAGGCGGAGAACCUUGCCAGGCUGCAGAGAGCCUUUGCCAGGAAGUGGGAGUUUAUCUACAUGCAGGCUGAGGCCCAGGUCAAGAUCGACAGGAAAAAGGAUAAAACCGACAGGAAGAUCCUCGACAGUCAGGAGAGAGCCUUCUGGGAUGUCUAUAGACCUGUGCCUGGAUGCGUUAACACGACAGAGAUGGACAUCAGGAAAUGCAGACGCAUGAAGAACCCUCAUAGAGUUAAGAAGUCAGUGUAUGGUUUGACGGAGGAGGGCACGCCGUCUCAAAGCCCCAUACGGACUCCCUCGCACCACUGCAGGAAGGGCACCAAGGAGGAGUUACAGAAAGAGAUCUUAUUCCUGAACACCCAGGUCGACCGUCACCGUAUGAAGAUGUCUAAAGUUGCUGAAAGUCUGAUAAGCUACACUGAGCAGUACGUGGACUAUGACCCGUUUGUGACGGCACUGGAGCCGUCCAACCCCUGGACCAGCGAUGACCCCUCCCUCUGGGAUCUGGAGGCCAGUAAGGAGCCUGGUCAACAGCGGGUGAAGAAGUGGGGUUUCUCUCUGGAGGAGGCCCUGAAGGACCCGGCAGGACAGGAGCUCUUCCUAAAGUUCCUGGAGUCAGAGUUUAGCUCAGAAAACCUGCGGUUCUGGUUGGCUGUGCAGGGCCUGAAGAGGAUGCCCCAGCAGGAGGUGGCCCAGAGGGCGCAGGACAUUUGGGCAGAGUUCCUGGCGGAGGGAGCACCCAGCUCCAUCAACCUGGACUCUCACAGCUACGAACGCACGAGCCUAAACCUGAAAGACCCCGGACGAUACAGCUAUGAGGACGCACAGGACCACAUCUACAAGCUGAUGAAAAGUGACAGCUACACACGCUUCCUGCGCUCCAACGUGUACCAGGACCUGCUGGUGGUCAAGAAGAAACCCGAAAAUGAGCAGGGCCGACGCACCUCCCUGGAGAAGUUCACUCGCAGUGUGGGCAAGUCACUGACGGGCAAACGAUCGACGGGCCACCUGCAGUCGAACUGACGAGUCCUGGGUGAAGAGUAGGUGCAACCAUACCCAGAAGAGCUGCUUAACCCUGGGGAGCAGCUGGGAAAGGACCCUGGGGGGUUUGGGUGUGGCUGUGGGACACGGGUGAUGGCUCCCAACAAGCCUAUACCGUUGGACUGGACCGCCAUCCACGUUGGAACUCACCUUGGAUCAGUUCAAGAGGACUAACAGCAUGCAAUAAGUCACCAGACCUGACAUCAGGACAGUGCUGUCACAUUGUAGAGGAUCAACAAUGCUGCUCUUCUUCGGAGGUUUCUACUCAAACGCCUGCACCACGCGGGCUUUGUUUCUCCUGAGUUACUUUGUCUAUCUACACAUGUUAAUAUGGUAGUUUAAGGGGCUAUCGCUUUACUUUCAGUGACAUAAACAUGUAAUGCUUGAAAUGAAAAAGAGACUUAGGUUAAUGCUGUAGCUAGCUAGGAAUGAAGAGUAAACAUCUGCACUCUUGAGCUGAACUUCACCUCAACCUUCUCAUUGAUGUCAGUCAGACUGUCUGCUUUAAUGGUGGAACGGGUGGAGCGCAACAACUUUUAGAUCUGCUGAUGUGUGAUGACACAAGAUGAACAACCUCUGUGUGUCCAGUAUUGGAUAGCUAAUUACAAUGUGUGUUAUUCAAAUUAAUACCUCAUGUUAUGUUCAUUACAGACUAAUUGAAAGUCAGUUUGUGUAAUUUCUCCUUGAAAGUGGUGAAAUUAAAUGUUUUUUUUGGGGGGGGGUGCGGGGUCUGUUUUAGGAUAAUCACAGUACUGGCAAAAUGAAUCUGAACAAAAAGUGCUUUAAAUGAGUGAUCUGAUAUGAUGUUAGGUUUUAUUCUAUCUUCAGAACAUUCCACUUCAGGUGGUCAGUGGACUGAUCGCUAACCAUUCUUCACCUUAUAUAAAUAGGUCCACGAUAAUAAAAGAGGAAUGCACAACAAAG